CUAAGGCCGCCUGCGGCGGCGCAGGCGUCGGUGUUCGGUAGUGUCCGGUCUAUGGAGUCAGUUGGUUUCGGCGGCGGCGCGGAGGUAGCAGGCGGUGUCCGAGUGGGGGCCUUUGCCCCGCCAGGAUGUUACCGGGCUUGGCCGCCGCCGCCGCGGCCCACAGAUGUAGCUGGUCUUCCCUGUGCCGGCUCCGCCUGCGCUGCAGGGCGGUAGCCUGCGGCUCCAGCGACCUCCAGGAAUGGCAGAAUUUAGUGACAUUUGGAAGCUUUUCAAAUAUUGUUCCCUGUUGCACACUGAAUCAAGUAAAGUUGUAUUCCACAAAUGUUCAGAAAGAAGGACAGGGAUCACAAACUCACAAAAUGGAAAAAGUACCAUCAUUUGAUGAAGCAGCAGAGAAUAUUGGUGCAGAACUGAAAGCUCCACUUAUUAAGCAAGAACCUCUCCAAGUAAGAGUCAAAGCCGUCCUUAAAAAGAGGGAAUAUGGACCAAAGUACACUCAGAAUAAUUUCAUCACUGGAGUCAGAGCAAUGAAUGAGUUCUGCCUCAAAUCCAGUGAUCUAGAACAACUUCGAAAAAUCAGACGACGAAGUCCUCAUGAAGAUACCGAGUCCUUUACUGUAUACUUGAGAUCAGAUGUAGAGACAAAAUCUUUGGAAGUUUGGGGAAGCCCUGAAGCUCUUGCCAGAGAGAAAAAACUUCGUAAGGAAGCAGAAAUAGAAUAUAGAGAAAGGCUAUUUAGAAACCAAAAAGUAUUGAGAGAAUAUAGAGAGUUUCUGGGAAAUACCAAGCCACGCUCUAGACCGACAUCAGUUUUUUUUAAGGGGCCAGGAAAGGUGGUGAUGGUUGCCAUUUGCAUCAAUGGAUUAAACUGUUUCUUCAAAUUUCUUGCCUGGAUUUAUACGGGUUCAGCAAGUAUGUUCUCAGAAGCUAUACACUCUUUAUCUGAUACUUGUAAUCAGGCCUUACUAGCAUUGGGCAUCAGUAAGUCUGUUCAAACACCAGAUCCUACUCAUCCGUAUGGAUUUUCAAAUAUGCGCUAUAUUGCUUCACUAAUUAGUGGUGUUGGUAUUUUCAUGAUGGGUGCAGGAUUAUCUUGGUACCAUGGAGUCAUGGGAUUGCUUAAUCCUCAACCAAUAGAAUCUCUUCUAUGGGCAUAUUGUAUUUUAGCAGGAUCAUUAGUAUCUGAAGGAGCAACACUUCUUGUUGCUGUAAAUGAGCUUCGUAGGAGUGCUCGGGCCAAAGGAAUGUCACUUUACAAGUAUGUAAUGGAAAGUCGUGAUCCUAGUACAAAUGUUAUAUUAUUGGAGGAUACUGCAGCAGUGUUGGGAGUGACAAUAGCAGCCACUUGUAUGGGCCUUACUUCUAUAACAGGCAAUCCACUGUAUGACAGCCUAGGUUCUUUGGGUGUGGGCACCUUAUUAGGUGUGGUCUCAGCAUUCCUCAUCUACACUAACACAGAAGCACUCUUAGGGCGAUCCAUCCAGCCAGAACAAGUACAACGGCUUACUGAACUCCUGGAGAACGACCCAUCAGUAAGGGCAAUUCAUGACGUUAAAGCCACAGAUCUAGGAUUAGGGAAAGUAAGAUUUAAGGCAGAAGUAGAUUUUGAUGGACGAGUUGUUACGAGAUCAUAUUUGGAAAAACAAGAUUUUGACCAAAUGCUACAAGAAAUUCAAGAAGUGAAGACUCCUGAAGAACUAGAGACCUUUAUGCUUAAACAUGGAGAAAAUAUUAUUGAUACUUUAGGAGCUGAAGUAGAUAGACUUGAGAAGGAACUGAAAAAACGAAAUCCUGAAGUUCGACAUGUAGAUCUGGAGAUAUUAUAGACUUGAUGGAAUGAAUCACCUUGGAGGGAGCCUUGGAAACAAGUUUGCCAAGACUGCUUUCCCACAGUGAAGGAGUCAAUGCCAUUCAGAAGCCGUUUUGGUUUUUUUUUUUAAGAUGGAGGAAAUAUUUAUGUAAAGAGCAAUUCAACAGUCCACAGAACUAGGACAACAUCUCACUUCUAAGAGACAUAUUACAAGUUGAAUCAAUUUGGAAAUCAUGUUUUUAUGUUGCAGCAGGAAACAUUUUGGUUACUUAAAUUGUUCAUAAUUUCUCAUUUUAGCCUGUCAGUGUGUAUUGUACCUUGCAAUCAUGUUUCCUUUCUUCACAUUGGUAAAAAAUAAGCAGCAUCUGUAAGAUUAUGAUUUUUAACUUUGUUGCCAGUGAAGAUUUCACUCCAUCAAAACCUGUCAAUCUUGAACAUUCUGGCUAAAUCUUGGUUUGCGGUCUUUAAAACAGUCACUCCAUUUCAAAGUCUGUCUUUCCUUAUAGAAUGUAGAAAUUAUUUUAACGUACCUUGUGUUUUUUGCCCUGAGCACUAAGAGGAACGCUUUCCUAACCUAGUUAUCCAUAAACGUUCAUUCCAGAAAGGACUUUAUUACUGAAUUGAAGGAAGAGAUUUCAGUACACUCUUUUAGGUCAUGCUACUUGCCAUUUUGUAAAAUUUCUUUUCUCUUCUUUGCUUUUUUUCCCUUAUUUAGUUUAAUUUUCCUAGUGGUAGGAAAUAUAAAAUAGCCCUAGAUAUUUCCAUGGGCCAGUGUGAUGACUGGUUUUUUGUUUUUGUUUUUUAACUGGCUUCAGUCCCAUAAUGUGUAUUUACUAGGAGAUAAUGCACUUAUAAGCAUUUUAACAUUAUGUAAAGUGGACUAGAAAUAUUUAUAAUUUCACAGACAGGACAGCAUUUUAUUUUUUAUUUAUUUUAAAA